AUGUCAAAACAAUCAAUAGAUGACGAAUACAUUUUAGAGGAAAAAGUACCAUCACCAGAAGAACAUUUUAAUCUUCGCAAACAAGCCGGAUUAACACCACCGCCAAGGCCAGAUAAUGAGACCUCUUUAAAAAAUACCUGGUUUGGCGUUACGAUACGAACGAAACAAAACGGAGAAGCAGUUUCCAUGGGUAGAAUAAUUGGUGAUGGUGCAAUCUUUUGUGUCGUUGUUGAUAUUUGUACACUACCGCAUCAUCAAAGGAAAGGACUAGGAUCAAAAAUUAUGCGUGCUUUGGUCGAACAUACGGAUAAACAUGCUCCAAAUGCACAAUUAUCCCUGCUAGCUGAUCCACCCGGCAAAGUACUGUACAACAGAAUGGGAUUUGUGGAAAACAAAUUGGAAACACCUAUGGUACGCUCCACCUUCUUUAAAGCUUAUGCAAGAGGUCAAAGGGAAGAAUAA